AUGGCAGAGACCACGACGGCUGCGGCUGAAGAAAGACAAUUCGUGGCACACUUCAGUCAAGAGCAGCACAUUUUGCCCCCUGAAGAAAUCCAGCAGAACCCAAGGAAUAAAGAAUUGGGUGCAAGUUCGAGGAGUUUGAGUGUGCGAGAUUUUGAGUUGGUGAGGACAUUGGGAACGGGCACAUUUGCUCGCGUCUGGCUUGUACGUCUUGCGAACCCCGCGGAAGAGGUUCACGAUAAGGUAUUCGCGCUGAAGGUUCUACGAAAAGUCGAGGUCAUCAAACUCAAACAAGUUGAUCAUGUUAAUCACGAGCGUUCAGUUCUUGCAGAUGUUGCUGGACAUCCUUUUAUUACUACAUUAAUUACUUCCUUCGCUGAUCGCGAUUCAUUGUACAUGCUAUUGGAAUUGGGGAACUUCAUCUUGGAUCUUGGACUAACACUUUUUGUCUUCACUAAGCUUGACUACUGCCCUGGGGGUGAAGUAUUUUCUUACCUUCGAAAGGCCAAACGAUUCGACGAAAACACAGCACGAUUUUAUGCCGCCGAAAUAGUUCUGAUCCUUGAAUAUUUACACGAGCGAGAGGGCGUUGCAUAUAGAGACAUGAAGCCAGAGAAUUUGUUACUGGAUGCUGAGGGACAUAUAAAAUUAGUUGAUUUUGGAUUUGCAAAACGUUUGGGCAACAGGGAGACAUAUACUUUAUGUGGUACACCAGAGUAUCUUGCGCCAGAAGUCAUUCAGUCGAAAGGUCAUACAACAGCUGUUGACUGGUGGGCUUUGGGUAUAUUGAUUUACGAAUUCUUAACAGGAUAUCCACCCUUUUGGCAUUCGAACCCAAUAGAGAUUUACAAACAAAUUGUUACCAAGCCGGUUUCUUUCCCUGCCGAACCUGCCGUCUCAUCCGCGGCAAAAGAUAUCAUUCGACAAUUUUGCACUGUCGAUCGAUCACAUCGUCUCGGAAAUAUAUCUGGUGGCGCUGCACGAGUUAAAGAUCAUCCAUUCUUUCUAGGAGUGAUCUGGGAAGAUGUAUACUAUAGGAAAUACCGUGGUCCGAUUAUACCCCCUUUGAGAUAUCCAGGCGAUGCUCAAAACUUCGAUUUGUAUCCCGAUGAAAAAGAAGGAAGAGAACCAUACACAGAUGAGCUCGCGGCAAAAUGGGACGAUUGUUUUAAGGGUUUCUAG